AUGGAGGCCGACGCGCCGCUCGACUUCGCGCUCUUCCAGCUCUCCCCACGGCGUCAGCGGUGCGAGCUGGUGGUGUGUGGCAAUGGGCGGACGGAGAAGAUCGCGUCAGGGUCGGUGAAGCCGUUCGUGGCGCACCUGCGGGCUGCGGAGGAGCAGGCGUCGGCGCAGCCACCGCCGCCGGCCAUCCGGUUGCAGCUGGAGCGGCCCUCCCCGUGGUUUAGCAAGGGCACCCUUGAGAGGUUCGUGCGCUUCGUGAGCACACCGGAGGUGCUGGAGUUGGCGAACACCUAUGAUCUGGAGAUGUCGCAGCUGGAAGGGGCCAGGAAGAUUUAUGCGCAGGGAGGCACUGGAGAUGCUACCUCAGGUGGAGCUGCUGAAAAUGUUACAGCCGCAGCAGCGGCGGCGGCGGCAGCAGCAGAUAUUACAAAGAAAGAACUUCUUAGGGCAAUUGAUGUGCGUCUAAGCGCCCUUAAACAAGAUCUGGCCGCAGCUUGUUCUCGAGCAUCCUCUGCUGGGUUCAAUCCUAUCAGUGUAUCUGAGCUUCUUCUUUUUGCUAACCAUUUUGGUGCCAGUCGGCUGAGCGAAGCAUGCACGAAAUUCAUGUCACUUUGCCAGCGGCGUCCUGACAUCAGUCCUCAAACUGCACAGCCAGCAGUUUCAUCACACUGGAAGGUCUUUGACGAUGGGAAUGUCCGUGGUUCUUCCAGUUCAGACAUGUCUAUAGAUGAGCCACAAGUUGAUCUCGGUCAAUCCAACAACAAAUCUACAGUCAGUGGAAGUGGCUCUCAGGUCCACAGACUAAGCAACAGCCAAGGUUUAGAAGCCGCUGCAGAACAGCAACCCAAGCCAACCAUCCAACAGGUAGUAGAUAAACAAGAAGCAGAAACAGAUGCGUCUCCUGCACCUGCCGUAGGAGGGCUUUCAAGGCGGCUGAGUGUGAAGGACAGGAUAAACAUGUUUGAGAGCCAGAAAAAGGAGCAGACUCCAAGUUCUGGUAACAGCAACUCAGCAGGUACUGGUAGGGUGGUUCCAGGGAAAGGUGAGCACCGCAGGGUUCCUUCUGGCGCCUCCAUGGAGAAGUUAGUUAGAAGGUGGAGCAGUGUUAGUGACAUGAGUAUUGAUCUCAGCAACAAUGAGAGCAGUAACUUAAAUGACAAAAAGGAUAAUGGAACUCCUGUCGGGACUCCAACGUCUACUGAUUUGGAGGCCAAUUCUAAAGUAAGAGCUAACGAGGACUCUAAUGGACAGAAGGAUUCAGUCACAUCACACUCUUGGCCUUGUCAAAAGGAUAAUGUACCAAUGGAUCCAGCCACCACAGAUUUGUGCCCACCCUCAACUUUAUGUAAUACACUUGCUCCUCAGAAAGAGAGUAUAUAUGGUGAUGGUGCAGAAAACGACAUGGUUCUAAACUCUAGCAUUGAGAGUGAGUCAUCCUUUGGGAAAGAACCGGGGGUUAUUCAAGGACACACAAGGAUGACAAAUCAUGCUACUUCAAAUGUUUCCACUCGAAACCGUCUAAAAUCUUCUGCAAAGCCAGUUGAGGAAGCCUUGCUGAAAAAUAAGGAUAUUUUAACUAGCGCAACGCCAGAGGAGCAUGUCCGCAUGAUAGAUAAGGAAAUCACAGCUGUUGCUCAUGAAGUACCAGUUGCAAGUGAACAGAUUCCCCAGAAUGAUAUUAGAGGUCUCCAUACAAAAGAUAUUCACACUGAAGCAGAAGUGACUCGAAGGAAGGAUCAUCCUUUGCGAUCAUUUGGAAAGGUAUCUGGUGGUGUUAAUCCUAAACCAAAAGCCUCAUCCAAUUCCCGAUCUAAUGUUAAAGGCUCAUCUGGUAGGGAUGAGAUUACCUCUACAGAAACUGAGUUCCGUGACGCUAGUUUGCAGCGGAAUCGUCUACCACGGAAGGCAGAGGAUGUAGGGAGAAAGGUUACAGCUGGUUCUGAUUCAGAUUGUUCUGCUCGUCAGGGAACAAAUUUGAGCAGGCAAUCAUCCAUUACCGAUCAGGAACUAAACUUGCAGGCUAGAGUGAUGAGACCAGGAAAAGGGAACCAAGAUCGGCAUGGCGAAUUACAUAUGAAGGCAAAUGAGUUGGAGAAAUUAUUUGCUGAACACAAGUUAACAUCCUCCCGACGAGGCAAACCUACAGAUGUGCAGGUUGAUAGCACACCUAUGGUGAGUGAGGUAAAGCAGACAACGGUUCUUCAUGAGACAAUUCAUACAAAACAAGUUGUAAAGGAGAGUAUAACAACCAAUGAUUUUGAUGCCGGUGAGCUUCUGAAGAUGGUGAAUAAUCAAGGAUUUAACAUUAGCACACCACAAAAACUUGGCAUUCUAAGUUUAGAAGAGUCGAGAGGGAAGUUUUAUGACCAUUAUAUGCAGAAGAGGGAUGCAAAACUGAAGGAAGACUGGAAACUGCAGAGAGAGGAGAAGGAAGCAAUGUUAAAGGCUAUGCAUGAGAGUCUAGAACGGAGCAAGGCCGAGUUGCUAGCUAAAUUCUCUCGGUCUGCAGAUGUCCCUGACUCAACUUAUGUUUCUCAUUCUUCUCAGAAGAUUCCUCCUUCGCGAUCAGCAAGAAAAAAUAAGGAUCAGGUGGUUGACUCAUUCUUUGUUGAAGAGGAACUGAAUAGUGACUACCUAUCUGGUGACGGUUCUUCCAGGAGUGCUGAUUCCAGGAAGCAUUUUUCAAAUAAAGUUGCUUCCACCCAAAAGGUAUCUGCUGGUCCUAUCCAUAAGCGUUCAUCAAGGACUGCAAGCUCCGGUUAUGCUAAUCGCAGGAAUCCACCAGAAAAUCCUCUCGCACAGUCUGUCCCAAGUUUCUCUGACUUAAGAAAAGAAAAUACAAAGCCUUCACCUGGACUCAGUAGAGCGACUGCAAGAGUUCAGCAAAAGUCUUUUGCCCGUAGCAAGAGCAUUAUUGAAGAGUCAAAGAGUAUAUUGAAAGAAGAUCAAUCGAGGAGGUCACAAUCUUUGAGGAAGAGCCAAAUUCCUGAUGAGUUGAAGGACAUUUCAUCAGGGAAUGAGGAUAUUUACAAUUGGGCUCCCUCAAGAAUUUCCAAGAACCAAUCAGAGGGAGCUUUUGCUUACAGUGCCCGCAGAACGGGUCCACCAAAGCCUUUUCUUAGGAAAGGCAAUGGGACUCACCCUGCAGCUGCCAUGAUGGCAAAUGCCCUCCAGCAUGGUGACAGUGGUGAUUUUGAAGAUCAGCAAGAGGAUUCCCUGAUGAUGCCAAAGAAGAGGAAGAAUAUGAAAGCAUUGAAGAAAACCUUAGAGAAAGUGACUUUCCUGCUGAUUCUGACACUGUUCCCCUACACGAAUGAUAAUUCAGAUGGUGACGCUUUCGCUGAUUCACCGUCGGGAAGUCCAUCACCAUGGAAUUCUCAUUCACUUGAUGAAAUAACAGAUGCUGAUGUAUCUCGGAUGCGGAAAAAGUGGGGCAGUGCACAGAUGCCUUUUGCUGGUGUCAAUGCAUCUCAACAGCCACGCAAAGAUGUUUCCAAAGGGUUGAAGAAACUGUGGAAAUUUGGUAGGAAGACUAGAGGCGGUGAUGGUUUAGUAAAUGAUUGGGUAUCUGCUUCCACUGCCUCAGAAUGUGAUGAUGACAUGGAAGAUGGGCGGGAUCUGGUAGUAGGAUCUUCUGAUGAUUUCAGAAAGUCUCGAAUGGGUUAUCUUGCUUCAUAUGACGGUUUUGUUGAGAACGAGGUUUUUGCUGAACAAGAACAAUCACUACGCAGCUCCAUUCCAAACCCACCUGCAAAUUUCAGAUUGAGGGAGGAUCAACUGACUGGAAGUUCUCUUAAAGCGCCACGUUCUUUCUUCUCCCUAUCAACAUUCCGAAGCAAGGGAGGUGAUGCCAGACUCAGAGUUGGACUUAAAGAUCUAUUGCAAUCUGUUCUUUCAACUGGCCUAGAACUCCUGUAUUUUUUCAUUGUUUUUGUGAUAUAUCUGUAUCGCCCUCUCAACUUGUUUCUUGGUUCACAUAUAUCACAAAUUCAAGAUAUAUGUUUCUCUGAUUUUAUAGAUGGACAGAAUGCCUUCAAAGAUCUGAAAAGGCUUGCCAAAUUGCUUCCGGCUGAUUGUUUUGCUUGCCCAUUGAGAAUCAUAUUCCAUUCAAAUCUUCAUUGA